GCUCUAACUAGCCUACUUAUACACACAAACUGUCUGUAUUAGCAGUCAUAUAAUUUAUUUAUUCAACUUUUGACUUCUCGCUGGCUGGCGACUACUUUUUCUUUUCUUUUGGGUAUGUAGUGCUCGACGGUGAAUUGCCGGAAUAAUUAUUGUUCUUGUUUUGAAAAGUCAAGAUUAUUGCAAAAGAGCUCUCUUUUCGUUGGCCCUUUUGUUCCCAUUGACCUGCUGUUUGAUUUUCUUUAGUUGUUUCUUGGAAUUUAGAGUAAAGUUUUGAUCUUGAUUUUAAAGAAAGAGAGAGAUGUAUGUGGUGCCUCCCCCUAAAAGUAAUGAUUUCAGCAACCCUGAUGGAUCUGAUGGUCUGAGGACUUAUCAGGCAUGGAAGGGCAGCAAUGUUUUUCUUCUUCAGGGAAGAUUAAUAUUUGGUCCAGAUAUAAGAUCGAUCUUCAUGACUAUAUUCCUUAUAGCAACUCCUGUAGCCAUCUUUUGUGGCUUCAUUGGCAGAAAACUAAUGGAUAAAUAUUCUGAUAGUUUUGGAAUAUGGGUUAUUGUCGUUGCUGUUGUAUUCACGAUAUAUGUGUUGGUGCUUCUUCUACUUACUUCUGGUAGAGAUCCUGGUAUUAUUCCCCGCAAUGCACACCCUCCGGAGCCAGAAAGUUAUGAUGAGAGCAUUGAUGUUGGGACCGGACAAACUCCACCUCUACGUUUGCCUCGCAUCAAAGAUGUAGUUGUCAACGGUAUAACCGUGAAGGUUAAAUAUUGUGAUACCUGCAUGCUUUAUAGACCCCCUCGCUGUUCACACUGUUCAAUAUGCAACAACUGUGUGGAGCGAUUUGAUCAUCACUGCCCGUGGGUUGGACAGUGUAUAGGACUGCGAAACUACCGCUUCUUCUUCAUGUUUGUCUCCUCAGCAACCCUGCUCUGCAUAUAUGUCUUUGGUUUUUGCUGGGUCUUUAUCUUGAGAGUUAAAGAUAAGGAGGAUACAUCGAUCUGGAAGGCAAUGACCAACUACCCUGCCUCAAUUGUGCUGAUAAUAUACUCAUUCAUUGCAGUUUGGUUUGUUGGUGGGCUUACAGUAUUCCAUCUUUAUCUGAUCAGUACUAACCAGUCUACCUAUGAAAAUUUUAGGUACCGAUAUGAUCGGCGAGACAAUCCAUAUAACAGAGGGGUCGUUGAGAAUUUCAAGGAGAUAUUCUUCACCAGUAUUCCUGUAUCUAAGAACAAAUUCAGGGGAAUAGUGCAGAAAGAGCCUGCAAUGCCUCGGGCAACGGGAGUCGGUUUCGUUAGCCCAAACUUGGAGAAAACCAUGGGAGAUGUAGAAGCUGGGAGGAAGCCAGUUUGGGAUGACUCUGCAACAGGACUUAGUGAAGCCGAAGGAGAAGUCAGUAACGAUGAUGGCGUCAAUCGUGCAGGUGCAGAGGAGUCACCGGACUUGAGCAGGAUUAUUGAUGUUGAAGGAACAGAAGGACGAAGCAUUCUACAUCCCAGGCGAUCUAGCUGGGGCCGAAGAAGUGGAACUUUAAAUAUACCACCUGAUGUAGUUGCCAUGGCGUCAGGAGUUGGGGAUUCAAAUCGAAUCACUGGCAACAGUAAUGACGGGAGCAUGACGCGAAGGGAUUGGCAAUGACAGAUAAGUUAAAAGCUGUAAAAUCAAGUAGAAAAAGACUGAUCGAAAAGGCCAAAAAUCUAGAUAAUGUGUUCAUGAAUUUAACUAGGCUACGGUGGUGAGUGGUCUUAGGGUGUGUUGUGUGAAUAUUGUUUUCUGAGGUACAUGCAGGAUUAUAUUUUUUGUGAAGUAUUUUUGCAUCUAUAUUUUUCUUAAAGAAAGUUCUACAUUUUUAAUUUAGCUUUA